ACAGUCUCAGAAACCAAAGAAGAAGAAGUCAGCUGAUUAAAGAUUGGUUUUAUGGAAACAUCGCACGCUUGCGCUUGAAGGAAAGGUGCACAAACAUGAAAGGUUUGUUCUGCCGGGCCGAGGAAGGCGAGGCCGAGCCCAAAUUCAUCAUUCAGGAAACGACUCUUCCAGAGGUCUUGGGCAGCCAUCAGGUCAGAGUUCAGGUGAAGGCAUGUGGACUCAGCCCAGUGGAUCUAAAGCUACUCAGGGAUGUCGGGAUUCAGACGGAUUUGGUUCCAGUGGGUAGGGAGGUGGCCGGUGUUGUCCUUCAAGUGGGCCCCAAAGUGACAUUCUUUCAGCCCAAAGAUGAAGUUGUAGGCAUCCUCCCCCUGGACUCUUUGUGUUCUGGGCUCUGUGAAGUAAUAGAUGUGGAUGAAUGUGUUCUAGUUCGGAGGCCAGAGAAGCUGAGUGCGACCUGCGCAGCUGCCACACUGCGGGAUGGUGUCCGGGCUUAUACCGCUCUCCACACACAUGCUGGUAUUGCAGCAGGACACACGCUGCUGGUCUUAGAUGGAAGCAGCAACUUUGGCCUCAUGUGCAUCCAGCUGGCUUCUUAUUGUGGACUGAAGGUCCUGGCCACGUCCAACUCAGCAGAGGAGCAAGCAUUUCUGGAGCAGCUCCGGCCUGCUGUUGGGGUUCAGGAGCCGCUGGUCGCUAGAGUCAUUCCAGUCUACAACGGCUCCUCAGAUUUGCUGUCUGCAGUUUUGGAGGAGACGGGAGGGCUAGGGGUGGAUGCAGUCAUCGACUCUGGAGUUUGUCUGUUCAUCGAGGAGAAGUUACUCCCACACAAACAUGACAUCAUCAGCAUGCUGUCAGCGGGGGGAACUUGGGUCACAUCCCAUCAGGACUUGCAGCUUGAUCCUCCAGACUGCAGGUUACUGUUUUUGAAAUCAGCAUCUGUGUCUUUUCUGAAUCCUGAAGUGUGGACGACCUCAUCAGCUCAACAAGGACGAUACCUCCACAUCCUGAAGGACGUUAUUGAGAAGAUGUCCACUGGAGUUCUCAGACCUCGGCCACAGGAAGCCAUGCCUCUGUAUGAAGCUGUGGUUGUUAUGGAGACCAUCCAACGUCAGCUGAGGAAAACAGCUGUGAUUCAGCUCUGACAGAAAUCGGCCCACAGCUGUUUAUAGAAAAUGAAACCAUGAAAUAAAUCUGACAGUAUAAGACUGUG